AUGGCACCCAUCUGCUCCCUUCUCUUCCUUCUCCUGGUACUGCCUCGUUCCACUUCCACCGCUGCUCUCUCCAAGUCCAAGCCGCCCGCGCGGUACCGGCACCACAGGCUCCGCGCCACCCCGCUCUCCCCCGACCCCAUCGCACGAGCCGACGCCGCGCAGCCUCUCUUCGCCACCGCCUCAGACGAAGCAUCCAUCUUGGAGCUGGACCCGCACGACACCGGCAACGCCUCCACCGUCCGCCUGCUCGUCGCCCACCGCGAGGCGUUCGCGGCGCCCAACGCCACGGCGGCCGAGCUCCUGGCGCAACGCCUGGCGCGCGACGCCGCGCGCCGAGGCGAUCUCCGUGUCCGUGUCCGUGUGUCCGUGCCCGCGGCGGCCGCGAGGAACGUGACGCGGCGGCGCGCCGCCGGUGCCGGGUUCACGGCGCCCGUGGUGUCGGCCUGGCGCUGGGCAGCGGCGAGUACUUCGCUUCGGUGGGCGUGGGCACGCCGCCGACGCCCGCGCUCCUGGUGCUGGACACCGGCAGCGACGUGGUGUGGCUGCAGUGCGAGCUGUGCCGGCGGUGCUACGCGCAGUCGGGCAGGGUGUUCGACCCGCGGCGGUCCCGGUCGUACGCCGCCGUCCCCUGCGGCGCGCCGCCCUGCUGCGGCCUCGACGCCGGGGCGGCGGCGGCUGCGACCGGCGGCGCGGGACGUGCCUGUACCAGGUCGCCUACGGGGACGGGUCCGUCACGGCGGGGGACCUGGCCACGGAGACGCUGUCGUUCGGGGGCGGGGCGCGCAGGUGCCGCGCGUCGCCGUCGGUUGCGGGCACGACAACGAGGGCCUGUUCGUGGCCUCCGCGGGGCUGCUGGGCCUCGGCCGCGGCCGGCUGUCGCUGCCCACCCAGACGGCGCGCCGCUACGACCGCCGCUUCUCCUACUGCCUGGUGGACCGCACCUCGUCGUCGUCGCUGAACCGCCCGUCGUCCGCGCCCCGCUCGUCCACGCUGACCUUCGGCGCGGGCGCCGUUCCCGGCCGCGCGUCGUUCACCCCGAUGCGCGACCUCCGUCUGGACCCGUCCACCGGGCGCGGCGGCGUGAUCCUGGACUCGGGCACGUCGGUGACGCGGCUGGCGCGGCCCGUGUACGCGGCCGUGCGGGAGGCGUUCCGGGCGGCCGCGGGCGGGCUCCGGCUGGCCCCCGGCGGGUUCUCGCUGUUCGACACGUGCUACGACCUGCGUGGGAGGCGGGUGGUGAAGGUGCCGACGGUGUCGGUGCACCUGGCGAGCGGCGCGGAGGUGGCGCUGCCGCCGGAGAACUACCUGAUCCCCGUGGACACGCGGGGCACGUUCUGCCUGGCGCUGGCUGGCACCGACGGCGGCGUCUCCAUCGUGGGCAACAUCCAGCAGCAGGGUUCCGCGUCGUGUUCGACGGCGACAAGCAGCGCGUCGCCCCUGGUGCCCAAGAGCUGCUAG